AUGAAUACCAAACUCUUCGGCAAACAUACCAUCGCUGACCGGACAUGCAUUUGGAUGUGGAAAGCGCUGAUCCAUAGUCGGCGCCAGUCGUCCCAAUCGGUUACAAAAUGGAAAGGCAUACCACGAAUGGUGCGGCUAUGGCUGAUGAUAGGUCUGGCGGUCACCGUAUUCCUGAUACUAGUGUUAUAUCUACCGAAAGAGGAGUCGUUAGUAUCCGCCGCCGACGACACGGAUCCGGUCGUCAGACCUCCGCCUCAAUCGCAGCCGAGAACUGACGGCCAGAUUUCGGACAAUAUUAAUAAUAAACCAAACAAUCAAAUCAAUAGACCAAACGUUAACCACAAAACCGAUGACAAUAAUAAUAAUGAUAAUGAUUACAGAGAUAGAGCCAAAGGGUAUACGAGUUUCGAUCAAACUCUGGCCACAAUCGACGGCCUUUCGGUGAAUGUAUUCAAAGAGUCGAUUGAGAGACACGAAUCGGCCGAACAGAAGGCCAUUGUGGAGGCGUUGCGGCACUCGUGGGACGCGUAUCGGGAGUACGCGUGGGGUGCGGACCAUCUCAGGCCUAUCACCAAAUCCAAGCAUAACUGGUUUAGCAAGGCCAUUGUGGAGGCGUUGCGGCACUCGUGGGACGCGUAUCGGGAGUACGCGUGGGGUGCGGACCAUCUCAGGCCUAUCACCAAAUCCAAGCAUAACUGGUUUAGCGUUGGGCUAACCAUUUUGGACUCGUUGGACACACUUAUAAUGAUGGGUCUUAAAGACGAAUUCAAUGACGCUAUGAAUUGGAUUAAAAACGACUUACGCUUUGAUAUCUAUAAGGAUGUCAACUGUUUUGAGACGACUAUCAGAGCACUGGCGGGACUCCUAUCGGGUUAUCACUUGUCGUCGGAGCCGACGCUACUUAUAAGAGCGGCCGAUUUGGGCGAACGUCUGAUCCAUUGUUUUGAUACUCCCAAGAAUUUGGUGCCUUUCAGUGACGUUAAUCUCCAGACAAAGAGCGCAAAGACGCCCAACUGGUCGCCCGACUCUUCACUGUCCGAAGUGUCGACCGUUCAGUUGGAGUUCCGGGACUUAUCCUAUUUGACCGGAAUUAAGAAAUACGAGAAAUUGUCAUUCCGGACGUCACAACACAUCCAUAACCUGACCGUCAAAAGUGGCAAAUAUUUGCUUCCAAUGUAUAUAAAUCCAUAUACGGGUCAGUUCAGCAGAGGGACCAUAACACUGGGCGCUCGCGGCGACUCGUACUACGAAUAUCUGCUCAAACAAUACAUUCAAACCGGUAUUCCAUGGCUUAAAGAGGAUUACAUUAAAUCGAUGGAUGAGCUCCAGAAACGACUGGUGCGGACGACUAAAGGGCCGCUAAAACUGACAUUUAUAGGCGAAAUGUUGCGCUCAAACAGCUAUAACGAUAUCCAUCCAAAAAUGGAUCAUUUGGUGUGUUUCCUGUCGGGAACGCUGGCUCUCGGGUACUAUCACGAGGUGGUGAGAGGGCCCAAAAUACACGGCCAUUCAGUGGCCGAGGACUCGCCGUUCAACGAGCACCUGGUGUUGGCCGAGAAGUUGGCCCGAACUUGCAAUUACAUGUAUAACCUGACAAAGACUGGUCUGUCGCCCGAAAUCGCGUACUUUGACGAGACGGGCAAUGAGGACGAGUUCCAGAUCAGACCCGCCGACGCUCACAAUCUGCUUCGUCCGGAGUUUGUCGAGUCGUUGUUUUAUUUAUAUCAUAUCACCGGUAAACCUAUAUAUAGGACGUGGGGCUGGCAGAUAUUCCAAGCGUUUAAUAAGUACACGAGAGUGAAGUCCGGCGGCUAUACCUCUAUAGAUGACGUGAGAAAUCCCGAUAACGUUCGGCCCAAAGACAUGAUGGAGUCGUUUUGGUUUGCAGAGACUCUUAAAUAUUUAUAUCUAUUGUUUUGUGACGACAAACAGAUUGUUAGUCAACUGUUGGACAAGUAUGUGAUCAAUACUGAGGGGCAUAUAAUACCCAUUAGGACCUAAUUGCUAACAAUUG